UUUGAAGGCCCAGAUUUGCCAGCCCAAAAUGUGGAACCCUAGACCCGAAAAAGUAAGGAGACGGACAAUUCCCGAAUUCGCACAGACGAAUGCCAAGGAAAGGCAAAGAGCGCAACGAUCGUUACCUAGCUAGAAGCAACGUAGCGGAAGAAGAAGGAAUCAAAGGAACAAUAAGAGGAAGAAGAAGGAAUAAUUAUAGUGGUAAUUGAAAAAUAAAAAAGGCAAAUGGCAGAGGACAAGGACUUGAUGCCGGCAAAGUAUGACGUUAACGCAAAAUGGGACGCCUGCCUUGAUCUGACUGUCCGCCGCUUCGUUUACUCAUCCUUGGCUGGCGCUUUUGGCGGCCUCCUUUUCUUCAGGAGUCCAGUGACUCGAUGGGCAGCUGUAGCUUUUGGUGCUGGGAUUGGAAUUGGAUCUGCAUACACAGAUUGUUCUCGUAUUUUUGAUGGAUCUUCUGCAACUUUGGCUCCUCCUAAACUUGCAGAUGCUCCUGCUCCUCAGGAUGGACAGGAGUGAGUUGAUGUUUUGAAGUUCCUCUAAGUUGACAGUUUAAAUUCAGAAUUUUCACAAGUUGAUAUUUCUAGUCUUUCUUCCCCAGAAAUGUCUUGAAUUUGUAGUACAAACAUUGUUGUUGGUGGGUAAACAAUUAUGAUGCACCAAAAAUUUGGUAUCAAUCCUGUUUUCUUUUGUUCUCUAAUUAUAUCAUGAGCGAACACAAUUUGGAGGGGAAAAUGAAAAUAAUUCCUGUUGCAGGCUUGAAUUUUGUGUGAUCAUUGUUAAGAGUUGUACUUGUUUGGCCUGCUGAGUGCUGUCUGAUAUGUGAAGUUCCUUUUCAGCU